AUGAAUCAUGGCGGAAGCGACCGCCCGAGGAGGUCCCCGCGCCAGGAGCCCGAGGGGAGGCAGCCCGCGCGGAGGCAGCCCGAGGGGAGGCAGCCCGAGGGGAGGCAGCCCGAGGGGAGGCAGCCCGAGGGGAGGCAGCCCGAGGGGAGGCAGCCCGAGGGGAGGCGGGCUGCAGCGGGUGGCGAAGGAACGCCGCAUGUGGGCGAGGGCGCUGAGCGGGCGAGGCAGGAGCGCGAGCUGGUGCUGCUGGUGGCCACCGCCGAGUCCAACAUGCAGCUCGUCCUCGCCGAGAUCGCCUCGCGCUCCCGCCUCGCUGCCG